AUGAAAAGGUGCUGUGAGGGCGUCGGGCUGCCAUGCCUGUUUAAGGGUGUUGGUAUGGCCAGCCCCCGGCCUCCCAAAUACCUCCUCGUCUUCGAUUUUGACGAGACCAUCAUCAAUGAGAACAGCGAUGACUCCAUCGUCCGGGCGGCGCCGGGGCAGGCGCUUCCGGAGCACAUCCGACAGACCUUCCGCGAAGGCUUCUACAACGAGUACAUGCAGCGCGUCCUGGCGUACAUGGGGGACCAGGGGGUCAAGAUGGGGGACUUCAAGACAGUCUAUGAGAACAUCCCCCUUUCCCCAGGCAUGCCAGACCUCUUCCAGUUCCUCUCCAAGAACCACGAGCUCUUCGAGAUCAUCCUCAUCUCUGAUGCCAACAUGUUCGGCAUCGAGUGCAGUCUGAGGGCAGCCGGUGUCUACUCCCUCUUCCGCAAGAUCUUCAGCAACCCGUCCGGCUUUGACAAGAAGGGGUACUUCACCUUGGGGCCCUACCACAGCCACAAGUGCCUUGGCCCCUCCCCCAGCCACAAGUGCCUUGACUGCCCGGCCAACAUGUGCAAACGCAAAAUCCUAACGGAGUACCUGGCGGAGAGGGCCCAGGAGGAGGUGGAAUUCGAGAGGGUCUUCUACGUGGGAGAUGGGGCCAAUGACUUCUGCCCUUCUGUGACUUUGACUUCAGCUGAUGUGGCUUUCCCACGGAAGGGCUACCCCAUGCACCGGAUGACCCAAGAGAUGGAGAAGAAGCAGCCUGGAGCCUUCCAGGCCACUGUUGUCCCCUGGGAGUCAGCUGCAGAAGUCGCCCGCUAUCUCCAGGAGGUCCUCAAGAAGAAGUGUUGA